AUGUCAGAUACUUGUAUUGUCUGCUUAGGAGACUUGAGCAUAGGUAUUGACGCAGUGGUAGAGCAGCAUCCUGCCGCCGCUACGAGCGCAACUGCACCUACUGCCGUCACUAGCCCAGCUCAAGUCCAGCCCACACCCAACAGCCACCAUGACAACACCACCUUAGCACCUCCUGAGCUGAUCGCUCACAUACAACCCUGUGGCCAUGACUUACACAAUGAAUGUUUAAAGCCAUGGGUCGAGCGAGCCAACAGUUGCCCCAUAUGUCGAGCCAAUUUCCAUCUUGUCGAGCUGAAACACCAUGUUGGAGGGGACGUCGUCGAAUCAUACAUCGUCCAGGACAAAACACAAGUGGCAGAAGUCGACCCUUCCCUGUUUCUCGAAGUCCCCGAAGAGGAGGACGCAAAUGAGACCUGCCAAGAGUGUGGUGAAGCGGACAAUGAAGACAUCCUCGUUUAUUGUGAUGGCUGUAACAAGUUGUGGCAUACAUACUGUGCGGGCAUGGACGAAGUACCUUACGCGGCCUGGUUCUGCGAGAAGUGUGACGAUGCACGAGCUACAGAUCCACAACUCAGGUCUACUCGUCGAGUGCACAAUGCAGCUGGCAGGAGACGAACUCGGGGCAUGGAAAGACGACGGCGCAACCACAAUGUCACUCGUGAUGAUGGCUGGAACCAAGUCUGGCAAUCAGUCUGGUCCUCACUACACAUAGACCUCGACUUCCCCUACGAUGACGAGACAAAUCACGCUUCAAUGAUGCGUCGGCAUCGUCAGGCUGUCGAGACAACCCGUCGCGAGCAAGAAGCAUGGGAAGCACGUAUGCGAGUCGCUGAGCUUGCUGGUGCCGGGAACAGUUUUAGGGAAACAGAGUCUACCCUGCUCGAAGAAACUAAUCAUCGCCGUGCUGGACCUCACGCCCCUCCUCAGGAGUCUGCCGAAGAAAUUGCUGCUUGGAAUGCCUUUGCCCUGGCCAAAACUGAGGCUGCUGAGGCAGAACCGAGCACUGCUCGAAGACGCAAGCGCAAAUCUCGAACGUCUUCACCAAUCACGUCUCAGGGGACGAACGGUACACCUUCAUCGCCACGAGAGGCUAAAAGACGUCGAAUGAGUGUUACGCCACAAGUUCAACGUCGUAUACCCCUUCCUGCACGCUCCUCUCCUGCACGAUCGUCACCUGCGCCUCAAGCAAUCGCACGGCCAACCCGACGAUUGUCACCUCCGUCUCGCCCUCCAAUGGUUCUCGAUAAUGCCACUCCUACCUUUCUCCAAUCGUUAUUGCAAGAGGUUGAGGACUCCACGGGACCAGCGAAUUUGCAAAUACACAGACCAUCUCCUCGUCAUAUUGGCAGUCCAGCUGCCGAACAUCAAUCGCCACGACCAUCGUCCCCAGCCACAUCUAAUCCCUCGUCUCCUCGGGCGCUGUCCACAACGCCACCGCCAUUGCCGAACGGGUUUCGUCCAAGCUCUCCACCCGGGCUCUCUUCCACCAUAGAACCAAUAUUUCCUCCUUAUUCGCCUCAGAGGUCAACGUCUCCUGGUAUUAAAGAGCAGAGUCCUGAACCAACAGCAAGGCCAAACGGUACUCGUGUAUCGUCCCCUCCAAAUAUCGCGAGACCGAAACCUCGAAGGCCUCGGAUUCCGAUAUCUGCUGGCGAUGCAGCUCAGCGUACACGAUCUCAUGACACUUCUCCUGUCCGAUCAAGUGCAGACAACAAAGCCGAUGUGCAGAAGCUGGUCUCUGCCGCUCUGAAGCCACACUACCACAAGCAAGAGAUUACAAAAGACGAGUACACGACUAUUAAUCGCGAUGUAUCAAGGAUGCUGUAUGACAAGAUCGGUGAUUUCGACGCACUAGAUCUCGAGGGCAGAGCGAGAUGGGAGAAGAUAGCAGGUGACGAGGUUUCCAAGGCUGUCACUGCUUUGAAGGUUUGA